UGCUUGCUGGGUGGUGGGGCGAGAGGCGCGCUGUGUGCCGGGAGGUUUGGCUGUGGUGGCGGGCGGGCGGUUGGUUCGUGAUCGGUCGCCAGUAUGGCGACGGGGAAUGGGUCGCUCUCGGAUUUCCCCGAGAGCUUCAAUAACUCCUUUUGUCCGAAAUGCUCCGGCAUGGAGUACGCGGCCGCUGCUAAGUGGGUCCGGCUGAAUGUAGGCGGCACUCGAUUCCUGAGCACCCGGCAAACCCUGUGCCGCGAUCCCAAAUCAUUCCUGUACCGACUGUGUCAAGCCGACCCGGACCUGGACUCGGACAAGGAUGAUACUGGUGCCUAUCUAAUAGACCGAGAUCCCACCUAUUUUGGCCCAAUCCUGAACUACCUGCGGCAUGGGAAGCUGGUUAUUAAUAAAGAUUUAGCAGAGGAAGGUGUACUAGAGGAAGCAGAGUUUUACAACAUCACAUCACUGAUAAAGUUAGUGAAAGACAGGAUAAGAGAAAGAGACACCAAAACAUCACCGAUCCCAAUGAAACAUGUCUACAGAGUGCUUCAGUGCCAAGAAGAAGAACUCACCCAGAUGGUGUCGACAAUGUCUGACGGAUGGAAGUUUGAACAGCUGGUCAGUAUGGGCUCUUCCUACAACUAUGGAAAUGAAGAUCAGGCUGAAUUUCUUUGUGUGGUCUCCAGAGAAUUGCAUAAUACUCCUUAUGGCACAAAUUCGGAACCCAGUGAAAAAGCCAAGAUUCUGCAAGAACGAGGAUCGCGAAUGUGAAGUCAAUGUUGACUUUGACCAUGGAAGGAAUUUUAAGUUAUUGUACUCUCAGAAGAAAUGCAAAUAGAAACAGAACAACCUAAGAACGUUGUGACAUGAAAAUGUCUUGCAAAAUCCUUAAAUUUGGAUUGAUCUCUCUCUCUCUCUCUCUCUCUCUCUCUCCCUCUCCUCCCUUCCCCCCCGCGUCUCUUUCUCUCUGACACUGUCUCUCUCCGUGUCUCUGUCUCUCUCUCUCUCUGUCUCACUCUCACUACAAUUGUGUUUUCUAACUGACAGUGAACGCUUCAAGGGUUUGGAAAUGUUUAUGGAUUAUGGAUAAUGUCUGUGCUAGCUGAGAGCAGCAUUGAUACCUCCAUAUCAGGGACUCACCUGGCCAGAAGGCUGCUCUGAUGCUUCCUUUCCCUCCUGGGAUUAGACCAAUGAACUCCUGUUUACAAAAGAAUUAGCUUGUUAUUUUACAAUGAAACCUGGAGCCUGAAUCAAGUGUAUAAGUGAGGUACAGUUUACUGAUUACAGAAUGAAGGCUGUGCCUCGUUCAACAGAUACACACUUCCACUCAGAGCUGCUUUGAUUACUAGUUCCUUUAUAAAUAGUUGUGUAGGUGGUAAGAAGAAGCAGAUUUAGUGGCUGGGUCAUCGUCACUCAUUGUAUCUUGUAAAUAGGCUGUUUAUGUCGACUGGGUGCUCUGGUAGGGACUGGGAUUUGGGCAUAAGAAGUUUGAUUAAAGAAUUCAGCACCUCUUGUCGAGAAAAAGUUAAUUUCAAUUAAAGCUCAUUGUUCAGGGAAAUAAAUGAGUUAAACAGUUAAAUUCAGAUGGGGGUAUUUUCAAUUUGAUUGCCUGGUUUACUGCUUUUUAUUUCACGAAUUGCUGUUUGAAGUGGUUUGUAUGCUUUAGAAUUCCUUUAUAUAUUUUUUUUUAGGGUUCUUGUGUAUUAUUAAAGAUUAAAUACGUACAGGUUAAGCUGCUAAACGUUUUUCAAUAUGUUUAAACCUUUAUAUAAAAAUUGUCCAAACAAAUCCAACCCUUGGACUUGCUGAAAUGUCACAGUUUCAGUAAUGUUUAAGCACACAUUUUUGAUGUUAAAACCUACAGUGCUAUUGUCCACAAUCAGGGUUUGAACAAAAAAAACGAGCUCAACGAAACAAUUUAGCUACUAUCUGUAUUGAGUUUGUGCUAGAGGGAACUCGUUUUAAGUCUAUAACUGAAUUUUAGUGUUCCUCCUCCCUCUCCCUUGCUCUCAAUGUAGUUCUAUUUUUUUAAAAAUUUUUUUUAAACCAUGAGACGUGGGAACAGAAUGUGAGGGCAUUUACUAUCCAGGCCUCCUUCCAUUCCUGGUCAACUUGCCACGGGAAAAUUAAUCAUUUGGGUAAAAAUGCUAGCUGGCAAUAAAAAUGAUACCCUGCAAAGAGACAAGUGGUGGAAAAUGAAUUGAUAAGCAGGGUUCCCAACACCCUCUAAAAACAAUUACUAAAUAUUGCCUCUGCUUAUGGUGUUCCAAGCCUUGUUUACACAACAUUCAACCCUUUACUCUGGUAUUUAUGCUGACCUGCAACACUUUCCCUCGUAAGAACAAUGUGGUGGAAAUGCUCAACAAGUUAGGUAGAAUAUGCGGAAAGUUUACAUUUGGGAUCGAUGACCUUUCCUUGACGUGAAAAUUAAUUUCUUUCUCCAUAAACAUUGGCUGACCUCUGUAUUCCUAGCUAUUCAGUUUUAGUUUAGAAUUAUAGCAUCUACGUUUUUUUUUGCUCUUCCAGUUAUGUUCAUACUGCAUUUUUGUGCUGCUGCUGCACAGUUCAACAGACCUCAGUACUGUCUGUGUUCGUACCUCUCACUCAAACUCAUGGAUUUCUUCCAGGUGCUGCAGUUUCCUCCUGCAUUCCAGAGUCAUGCCGGCAGGUUAAUUGACUUAUGUAAACUACCUCUAAGAAAGGGUUAAUGGUAAGAAGAAUCAAAGGGGACUUGAUAGGUAUUUAUGAGAAAGAAUAAAUUGACAACAGGUGAGAGGGGAGUGGGACUAAUGAAAUUGCUCCCCUGGAAGCUGGCCUGGAGAUAAUGGGCUAACUGGCGUGUUAUGUGUUAUUAUAAUUUUGACAUGAUUUCUAAUCUAAGUGGUCCUUGCACAGCUCAAAUUACAAUCUUGCUGAGCAUUAAAUAUUCAAGUAGCUAAUGAGACACUACUCAUUUCAUUUCAAUUGUGAAAAUCCACAGUAACGUGCUUCCAGAGCCAUCUAUCUUGCCAUUUAGGUUUAUCUUAUCUCUAGACAACUUCUGCCAUCCUUCCAUAUCUAUGAUGUUUGUUAAAUGGAGGGAUUCAUGUGGAUGUGGUGUGCAUCAGUAAUUGCAUCCUACUCCCAACCUGAAUUACAUAAUCAAAACCGUGCACACUGAAUACGCUGCAAUUGCUGGUUAGAAUCCAGCCUCCCUUCUUUACACAGGGGUUGCAAAAUCUGCAUUCCUUUGUGCAAUCUUUACCUGUAGCAGAUUCUUCACAUUCUGAACCAAGUCCCACCUGUUCAAAUGUAAAAUAGUGCAGAUAUCAUAAAUCAAUUAAGAACAAUGAUCAGCAGGUCAAGCAUCACCUGUGGGGAGAGAAAUGGGAAAAUUUAGAAAAUGGCAGUGGGGAGAUGUAGGUAUAUGGACCAGUGGGGGGGGGGGAGGGGGGAAGAUCUAUGAUGGACAUGUGGCAGAGGAAAUUAAGUGACAUAAGGACUAAGUAUUCAAGGUGAAAAGAUGUACAGAAGUAAUGGUCUAGAUGGAAGAAGCAGUCAUUUUUAAUUACUAUUGGAAAGUAUUUUCUAUACUUCAGAAAUGGAAACAAAAUGCUGUAAAUACUCAUUAUCUAAAAUUACUGAGCUCAGUGCUGAUUUCAGAGGCUGUAAAGUGCUUCAUCUGUUCACUUUCACACAGCAAAUGGAUACUCCUUUGAAACAUAACACUUAAAAGCCAAAAGGCAGUGAUUUUAUAUAAAACCUGCUUCAGACCACAUCAUAUAGUACUAUACAUAGCUCUGAUUUCUACACUUCAGGAAGCAUAAUGAGGGUCAGAGAAGGUAAAGCAGAGACUUGGCUCUCUGUUGUGAGGAAUAACAAUUGUCACAGAAUUUGAAUUGUAGAACAUUAAUUACAAGCCAAAGGCAUUCUGUAGUAUAAGUGCAAAAAUAUUAAAAUGGGAGUUAAUUUAGAAAAGAUAAGGGAAAUGACAGUUCAGGUUGUAGAAUUAUUGACAAAGUUGGUAGUUCAAGCAGAAAAUGCCAACCAGAUUAUAUUGGAUAUGUAGAUAGAACAAUUGGGGUUGAAGGGAGCGAAAAAAACUGCUUGACCAACUGAGUUCUUCCAGCAGUUCUGCUCCUGCUUCACGUCUCUUGUGUCUCAAGAGGAUGAAGGGAUAUGAGGAACAUGUGCAAAAGGUAAAAACUGACAUAGGCUGGUGAGCCCAAAUGUAGGUACUUAUAGUUAAUAAGUAAAUUACAGUAAUUGUAAUUUGGUGAAAGUGAAGAUAAAUUAGUAAGGAUUCACAAGGACAGUAGGAGGCUACAGUUUGAAUCUGAAUUGGGUGGGGUGUGGCCAGAUGAGUAGCCUGAUUCUGGUCACUGUUUCAUGGGUGUCUUUUCCUUAAAAUAACCAGAGAUGAGUAACCACUGAAUAUCAGAGAUUGACCGUCUUUGCAAACAGUGCCCCAUCAGUUUCCAGCAGAGAAGAGGAGAAAGUUGGUUAAUAACUUGCUUUAUUUGUGAUUCCACUUGAGGGCAGUGCAAUGCAGAGCUCAGUUCCUGUUCUCCAGAAACAGUCCAGGGCUGUAGAUGAUGUAAUAUUAAUCCUUUAAGGGCUAUGUGCAUGUCAAAAGGGGGUCUCUUUCUUGUUAUAGUAGCAAAAGUAUAGUUGUUUGUUGAAUACAAUAAACUGUUAAUGAGAAUUACUGAUGUUGAUCCAUGGAUCAGAUUACAAUCAACGGAGAGUGUUGUAAGCUAAACUGUUACUGAUCAUUCUUCCGAAGUUUGCUUCAUUUUCUUGUGAUAAAUUUGGAUAAGCUGAAAGUUUUUAUGUAAAUUUCUGGAUUUGGCUGAACAAAAUAAAAACCCAUCUCUUGGU